AUGUGGUACUUUAUUCAUUCGCAAUUAACUAAUUUACAAAAAUUACAAAAUAUUCAGGAUAAUGAAAGGAAACUUUUAAAUUAUAUAGAGGAAAGCGGAGUGGAGUAUUAUAGAGUUAUAUGGCAUGAACUGAAUCGCUUGUCGCAGAUGGAAGGAUGGUCUUCGAAUAGAGAAUUGGAAGCUUUCAGAUUAGGAGAAAUUGUUCAAAACCGGAUCGAUAAAUUGCAGAAUCCGGAUCAAUGUAAUAUCUCGAAAGUGUUAUUAUGCAAUUUGACGAAUCCUCACGGCUUAGCUUCUUCAAUACACGAUGUAUUAUGGUGUUUUAUCAAAGCGUAUUAUAGCGGUAUGAUGAUGGUUUUGGAUAUAUCCCACUGGCACUACGAAAUAAAAAGUUGGGAAAGCGCUUUUUUGUCUUUAACUCGUACUUGCCAAAAUAUGAACAUAUCUCAUAUAUAUAACUCUCCAUGGCCCGGAAAGAAUGAUGACAAAGCUCGUUCCGAUUUAGGACGUCUUCCGCUUGAUCUUAAACCACAGUUGAUUCAUCUUUUCGAUCAACCGCUAGUUUGGUGGUACGGACAAUUUAUAAGAUAUUUAUUAAGACCAAAUGCAGCAUUUGAAAGUUAUCUUAAAACUAAGGAGAAAUUAAUUGGGUUUUCUUCUCCUAUUGUUGGAAUUCACGUGAGAAGAACAGACAAGAUAGGUAAAGAAGCCAAAUUCCACGAUCUGUACGAAUAUAUGUAUCACGUGGAAGAUUAUUAUAAGCGCCAGGAAUUGGAUAAUCCUCGACUGGAGCGAAAAGUGUUCAUUGCUACUGAUGAUCCAUCUGUUAUUACAGAGUGCAAUUCGAAAUAUCAGCGAUUUACCUGCCUCAGUUUUUCUGAAAAUGCAGAUUUAGCAUAUAACAUGAAAAGUCGCUAUACGAAUUCGUCUGUAUGGGGAUCUUUAACAGAUAUAUUCUUAUUAGCAAACUGUGAUUUUUUAAUAUGUACUUUUUCAUCUGGGUUUUGUCGUUUGGCAUACGAAUUAAUGCAUAGUAUUCAACCCGAUGCUUCUAAUAGAGUACAUUCGUUAGAUGUUGAAUAUUUAUAUGCAUGGAAGAAACCACCUCAGAGAAUUGCCUUAUAUUCCCAUGUGCCUAAAUCUCCUAAAGAACUAUGGUUUCAUAGGGGCAGUCUAAUAAGCAAACAGGAUGAGUUCGCCGUAAUGUACAGUGCUUUGUAUGGGAAAAUUUGGAAUGGUUUAUUGGAUGGAUUCAUAGAUAAGACUGGUGAGAAAGGAUCAUAUCCUAUUUUCAAGACAAUAGAACAUUACAAUGUGGACAGUUAA